AUCGUAAUCCGAAAAAAUAAAAUUUUCAGAUCGUUUCACUUCAUGACUGCGAGGACUGAGCACAAGAACAGUUGUUGCUAGGAUACCAAGAUCCCAAGAGACGCGGGCGCAGAAAUUAACAUACGGCUUUUCGUGAAGUAAUGUAAUAUUCGUCCGGCGGGAUGAAUUGACCUUCAGCCUCUUCGAUUUUAUCUAUGGUUUCUCAGAUAGAUCGCUUGCUUUGGGGGUAACUCCAAAGCCUGUUCAUGGCACAAGGCGGGAAAAGGAAUAACUUCAUUUCUCGAACGACCUGUGUUUCGCCCCUGUGGAAACAUCCGACCUCGAACAAUGUGGUUAAGCUAAGAAUGCAACCACCUCAAACGACGUUUACUCCGUUAGAUACCUUUCUGGCAGCUCACAGCCCCCGACGAUUCUGCCAGGCCAGACAGAAAUACAUCUUAAAACCACUGACUGUAGAGAAAAGAAUGGCAGAUAUUGGUUAUGCACCUGUCCAGCAGAAAACAAGGAAUAAUUCGAGUGAGACAAAGACAAGUAUCCAUAAGAGACAGACAGAUGUACCACAAAGAAACCCAAAUGGCAACAUACCCACAGACAGCAGCAGUGAAAAGGAGAAUGGCAACCAAAGAGUUUUACCUCUGGGAAAAUGCAAUAUAGACAAUGAAGAUCUUGGAUCCACUAAUUUAUCCAGAAGAAGCUUCUUUCCACCAAGGCCUAAACUUCCAGUAUCAUUAAACCGUAGUGCUUCUUCAAUUCCCACAAUGCCUCAUGGCACAAGUGACCUGAUAGCCAUAGGAACAAUACCGAUAACAACUCAUAGACAGACUCCAGUGAAACCCAUGUCCAGUCUUGUUGGGGCAACUUCAAGUUGGACAGAUCAUCUUCCACUUAUAAAAUCAAAUAAGAAGGAAAAGAUUGAACUCUUAUCUUCAUCUGAAGAGGAAAUUCAACCUCUACACAAGACAAAACCAGGAGGAUUGUGGAAAACAAAAGCAACUUUAAAUCUUAAAGAACUUUAUUCCUCAGGAUGCAAGUAUCCAGACCCCAUGGUAGGUGCAGGCCCAUCUUUUCAAGGGAGAAUCACAGAAAUGGCACAGCUAGAAGUGGAAACAAUAAGAUUUGAGAAGACAAAAAAGACAAGAAAAAAGGUCUCAAGCUCAUAGCUAUAAUUGACUUUAAUGACUUUAUUAACUUCUAUUAAAUUGUUAGUUAAAGUUUUAUUAAAUUUUAAUUCAAAACAAUAGAUAUAUGUGCAAAUUCAGUUUUUUCAGUUCAAAAACUCUUGUUUUUUCAUCAAAACUAUAUACUUCUGCUGUCAGCUGUUAGUAAACAGAGGAGAGGAUGGACUUCUUUUUUAACCAGAAUAUUCCUGUAAUUUUUUCUUAUCAUACAACUAGUAUGUACAUCUGUCUCUGUACAUAUAUCGAUGAUUUGAGAGAAGAUACAACAACUUGUAAAUAAAUAUUUAUGACAAUAGUAUUUAAGCUCCAAGCACGAUUAAUAUCGUUAAAAGAAACUGUGUAGAGAAAGUAAUAUCAAAGAAAAUUAAGUUUGGUCUUUAAGUUAUCUUAACCACUUCAAAAUAUGCUAAUAGCAUAGAGAGUUCUGAGAAUCUGUGUUGUUAGUAAACCCUAAAGGCCUGUAAGUUAUAGAAACACUGAGAAUGAGAAUUUUUGUACAAACUAUAAGUAUAAGAGUCACCAAGCAAUGCAAUGUGUUCUUGCCACAUAAUAAUGCAGGAACAAUUAUUUAUUACUCUUAUACAUUCUUACAAAGGCAUCACACAAAAAACUGUGUGUGAAUCUUAACACUCCUCUUGGAUUUCAGACAUUCUGUCAUGUAUUACUUACUGACUGGAGGAGUGUUGUUAUUCCUUGUAAAUCCACUCCAAUGUCAUAACAAAGGAAUCGUUUUCAUUAGGAUAAAUAUUUUAACACUUUGUCUUUACAGCUGUCUAAAGAAAAGUUUAUUUCACAAAAAAUUUAAUGUUAAUCAACAUUAUCCUCACUAACAUCAUUAUUGCUAUAAAUUUUUCUUUCGUGGAGGUGAAAAAUAAAGUUAUAUUGUCAAGCAUGUA